ACAAUCAUGACAUAUCCACCAAACUAGACAGGGUUAGGAAUAAAAUAUAAACAUAAAAUAAAAUAGGUAUGCAACAAGUGAAUAUGUUUUGACCGAUCAAAUAUAUCCACGUCAGGCAUGCGCCCAGGUUUUAAGAUAUGACUAAGACGAAAACAUCACAAAGAAAUUUUGAAAAUGGAUAUACCAUACAGAAAGAUUUUUAUUUAUAUUCUCACCUUUGCCGCCUACGCUUACACGGGCAUUGGUUCUACCAUGUUAAGAAAUCUCAAGGAUGCAGUCUUGUCUGCGGAAUCAGUAUUUGGUGAUGUAUUUCGAAAUGUGAUUACGGUUGCUGAGAAAUUUAAAUCUCUUCAUGAUGUUUUUGAUGCUGCUGUAGAAGAGGAUUGCAUAUUUACAUGUCCAGAAGGACAUAAACCUGUGAGAAAUAGAAAUCAUGUGCCAAAAUCUGAUGGUUGUGGCUCGCUCGGGUUUGAAAUAUCAUCAGAUUAUUUGCCCAUUGAGCAAAUGACCAGGUGUUGUGAUGCACAUGAUAUUUGCUAUGACACCUGCAAUAGUGGUAAAGAGGCUUGUGAUUUAGAGUUCAAGAGAUGUUUAUACAAUUACUGUGAUACUUAUAAAUCUGUGAAUGUUGCCGGUGAUGCUAUUACCAAAGGUUGUAAAGGUGCAGCAAAACUACUUUUUACAGGAACUUUAACACUUGGCUGUAAGUCCUAUUUAGAUGCUCAGAAGAAAGCAUGUUAUUGUCCUCCGACCAAAAACAAAUAUAAAAAGUAUACUACUGGAAAUGAUGAACUAUAGUUUGUAGGACAAUAAUAUAUUUAAUAAUUUAUUUGUGUUGUGUUGUAUUUUUUUCUACAUAAGUAGCUGUUAAUAAUUUUCAUUAAAUAACGUAAUUGUUUGUUACUGGUAAUAAAUAAAAAAAAGAUUGAUAUCA